AUGCUCUCGAGAUUCGCUUUACGGCAGCCAACUCGCGCCGUCACGGCAGCGAGAACAACAAUCAGAGCCCCUACUCCAUGGUCUCUAGUAUCCUCGAGUCCCGCAGCUCUUCAAUUCCGUCGUCUCCUAUCCACCGAAACCAGAGCCGCCAUCGACAAGGCCGUUGAAUCGGCACCCGUCGUGUUAUUCAUGAAAGGAACCCCCGAAACACCACAAUGCGGAUUCUCGCGAGCAACCAUACAGAUUUUGGGAUUGCAGGGAGUUGAUCCGAAGAAAUUCACGGCGUUUAAUGUUUUGGAAGAUCCUGAACUUCGGCAAGGAAUCAAAGAGUACUCCGACUGGCCGACGAUACCCCAACUCUAUGUCGACAAGGAAUUCGUGGGUGGUUGCGAUAUCCUGAUGUCUAUGCAUCAGAAUGGAGAACUGGCAAAAUUGCUCGAAGAGAAGAACGUCCUCGUUGCGGCUGAAGAGUAA